AUGAAAGAGAAGUCCAAAAAUGCUGCCCGGACUAGGAGGGAGAAGGAAAACAGUGAAUUUUAUGAACUGGCUAAAUUGUUGCCUUUGCCUUCGGCUAUCACCUCACAACUGGACAAAGCAUCCAUAAUCAGACUCACGACCAGCUACCUCAAAAUGAGAGUAGUAUUCCCAGAAGGGCUGGGCGAGGCGUGGGGCCACUCUAGUCGGACCAGUCCGCUGGACAACGUUGGUAGAGAAUUGGGCUCGCAUCUGCUCCAGACCCUGGAUGGUUUCAUUUUCGUGGUGGCCCCAGAUGGGAAGAUCAUGUACAUCUCUGAGACAGCUUCAGUCCACCUGGGUCUUUCUCAGGUAGAACUGACCGGGAACAGCAUUUAUGAAUACAUCCACCCCGCUGACCAUGACGAGAUGACCGCAGUCCUCACAGCCCACCAGCCCUACCACUCUCACUUUGUCCAGGAGUACGAGAUUGAGCGUUCCUUCUUCCUGAGAAUGAAGUGUGUGUUAGCCAAGAGGAACGCGGGUCUCACCUGCGGUGGCUACAAGGUCAUUCACUGCAGCGGUUACCUAAAGAUCCGCCAGUACAGUCUGGACAUGUCCCCCUUCGAUGGCUGCUACCAGAAUGUGGGCCUGGUGGCAGUGGGCCAUUCACUGCCUCCCAGCGCAGUCACGGAGAUCAAACUGCACAGCAACAUGUUCAUGUUCAGGGCCAGCCUGGACAUGAAGCUCAUCUUCCUGGACUCCAGAGUGGCGGAGCUGACGGGGUAUGAACCUCAGGACCUGAUCGAGAAGACCUUGUACCACCACGUGCACGGCUGCGACACCUUCCAUCUGCGCUGCGCCCACCACCUGCUGCUGGUAAAGGGGCAGGUGACCACCAAGUACUACAGGUUCCUGGCGAAGCACGGAGGCUGGGUGUGGGUGCAGAGCUAUGCGACCAUCGUGCACAACAGCCGCUCCUCCAGGCCACACUGUAUCGUCAGCGUCAACUAUGUCCUCACGGACACAGAAUACAAAGGACUGCAGCUCUCCCUGGAUCAGAUCUCAUCCUCCAAACCAGCCUUCUCCUACACCAGCAGCUCUACUCCUACCAUGACUGACAGCAGGAAGGGGGCCAAAGCCAGGCUCUCCAGCUCAAAGUCAAAAUCCAGGACUUCCCCCUACCCGCAGUAUUCUGGAUUUCACACGGAAAGAUCUGAAUCAGAUCACGACAGCCAGUGGGGCGGAAGCCCCCUGACGGACACAGCCUCACCACAGCUCCUGGACCCUAGCGACAGGCCCGGCUCUCAGCACGAUGCCUCCUGUGCCUACAGGCAAUUCUCCGACCGGGGCUCUCUCUGCUAUGGCUUUGCGCUGGACCACUCCAGGCUGGUGGAGGAGAGGCACUUCCACACCCAGGCCUGUGAGGGGGGCCGGUGCGAGGCAGGCAGGUACUUCCUGGGAACCCCGCAGGCCGGGAGGGAGCCCUGGUGGGGCUCUCGAGCAGCCUUGCCCCUGACCAAGGCCUCCCCAGAGAGCAGAGAAGCCUAUGAAAACAGCACGCCUCACAUCACUUCAGUCCACAGGAUCCAUGGGCGAGGUCAUUGGGAUGAAGAUAGUGUGGUCAGUUCUCCAGAUCCGGGGUCUGCCAGUGAAUCAGGUGACCGGUACCGCACUGAGCAGUAUCAAAGUAGCCCACAUGAACCUAGCAAAAUUGAAACUCUGAUAAGAGCCACCCAGCAAAUGAUUAAAGAAGAAGAGAACAGAUUGCAGCUAAGGAAAGUCCCGCCAGAUCAAUUGGCUUCCAUUAAUGGAGCUGGGAAAAAACACUCCCUCUGUUUUGCAAACUACCAACAGCCCCCACCAACAGGUGAAGUCUGCCAUGGUCCCGCUCUCACCAGUACUUCCCCAUGUGACCACAUCCAGCAGAGAGAGGGAAAGAUGCUGAGCCCCCAUGAAAAUGACUAUGACAACAGCCCUACUGCAUUGUCUCGGAUAAGUAGUCCCAAUUCAGAUCGUAUUUCAAAAUCCAGUUUGAUCCUAGCCAAAGACUAUCUACAUUCGGAUGUGUCUCCACAUCAGACAGCAGGAGACCAUCCCAUUGUCUCCCCAAACUGCUUUGGCUCUCAUCGGCAGUAUUUUGAUAAGCAUGCUUACACAUUAACUGGAUAUGCUCUGGAGCACUUAUAUGACAGCGAAACCAUUAGAAACUAUUCCUUGGGCUGCAAUGGCUCCCACUUUGAUGUAACUUCCCACCUAAGGAUGCAGCCAGACCCAGCACAAGGACACAAGGGGACAUCUGUCAUAAUAACCAAUGGAAGCUGA